AUGGCACAACAAAAUGGGAGGGUUAUCUCACCGACUGCGAGAAGUCGCUCACCAUCACCUGUCAAUCAUACACAUACGAAUGGCUCCCCAGUCGUGCGACACCCCGAAUCGCAGCUAGCAGUCGGCUUGGAUGGGACUUCUGAUAGUAAAGAGCCCUCGCAACCUCUCACAGCCAUCAACGGCAAUGUCAGCAGAUCUCCGGGCGAAGCCGCAGAUUACUUCAAUGGGGAUGUUCCACACGACAAUUCGAAACCAGCUGCUUCUUCUCAAAAGCCAUCGGCGCUGCGUCCGCCGCCAUCUCUCAAUGAUGCUGCAUCUCCUGGUGGAGCAGGCUCUUUAACCCCUCCUGGGCGAAGGAGCGUUCAGUUCGCAAGGUCAGAUACAUGGCAAGAAAAUACAGGACAUGCCAGACAGAAUUCUUGGGCUGGAGGGGCGAUGGACGAUGGCGAUGGAGUCGGAGGACCUAAGUCGGGAAGAUCUUUGAUGUCAAAGUUGAAAUCGCUGGCAUCUUCCGGGGCAUUGCAAACGCACAGUAGGAAUCAAAGCGCUGCAGCAAAUUCCGUGAGCGAAGAGACUCCAGCAGGUUCGGCCAACUUGACACCUGCAUUCGAAAGAAAUUAUCGGUUCCCCAAUUCCCUACCAGAAGAGGGCAGUGAUGCAGACGCGGAAGAGACUGCAGAUGAAGAAGGUUCGGCUGAUGCGACAAGACCAAAGAAAAAACGGCGGAUUCGAAGACCAAUGCAAAGCCAAAGUAUGAGCCAUACAGCACCGAACACUCCGAGAAAUAGGGUAAUGGGACAAGCAGAUUCUCCGAGCGGUAACAGCAGGCCAUUUAUGUUUAGUCGCCGCGCUACAGAUGGGUCUCUUGAACAACGUGGCGGUUUGUCCGAAGGGGAGGGCAGAGAUAGAAUGAACGGAGGCUCUAGUGCUUGGAGGCGUGGAAGUGCUUGGAUGACUGGAGGGCGAGGAUCGAUCCAGGAUCCUGAUAGCGCACCAACUACACCGAGGAGACCAAGUAAUUUUAGACGUGCCAUGACGAAUCUUGGUGGGCAAAGCGAUGGAGAUGCAAAUACUCCUAGACGACCAUUCCUAGGAGCCGAACGCGCAACUACAUUUGGAGCUCAGCGAUGGCGGAUGAUUAAGCAUGGAUUGAAGCUUUUAGGCCAGAAGAAAGAAGAGCACAAGGUUGAUUAUCUCAAAUCAGCGGAGUUGAUGGCAGAACUUCGUGCUGGAGCCCCAGCAGCAUUGAUGUUGGCUAGCAUGAUUCAAAGGGACGAGCACGGCAACAAAAGGAUACCGGUCCUCCUUGAACAACUAAAACUUCAAAUCACAGAUAGUAGGCCAAGUGAUGACGAUCCAGGUGAAAAUGAGCGCCAUCUAGUCUUUAGAAUUGAACUUGAAUAUGGAAGUGGUCUAAAUAGGAUGAAAUGGAUCAUCCAUCGAUCUUUAAGAGAUUUCGCGAACCUUCACUUGAGAUAUAAAAUUCAAGCUAGUAGCGACAAGUACAUCCAGCUGCGAAGCGACGUCGACGCAAGGCCUAAGCAACCUCGGUUCCCUAAAUCAGCUUUCCCUUAUUUCCGUGGAGUUCGUGGCUUAGGCGACAGUAGUGAAGAGGAGCCAGACCAAAUCCGUGCUGAUGAGACCGUGGGCGAGGCAACGCACAGUGAGACUGAGAGGAAAGCGAAAAAGAAGCGAAGGCCAUCAUUGACUGCUACGGGCAAGAAGAAGUCGAGUUUUUUCAGCCCUGGAGGACUCGGGCUUGCUGCUGGCGGCGGCGAUGAGACACCAGGCGGAGCAUCGGCCAGUGCCCAAGCUCGUUUAUAUAACGAGAGGCAGCGAAGACGUCUCGAACAAUACUUACAGGAAAUGAUUCGAUGGCUGAUUUUCAGAGCUGAUAGCAAUCGCCUGUGCAGAUUUCUAGAGCUCUCUGCAAUGGGAAUUCGAUUGGCGGCUGAAGGCAGCUACCAUGGUAAAGAAGGCUUUCUGGUCAUUCAGUCUUCUAAGGGAUUAGACUUUAGAAGAUUGCUUACUCCACAUAACGUCUUUUCUCGUCAUUCGCCCAAGUGGUUCCUUGUACGACACAGUUACAUUGUUUGUGUUGACUCGCCAGAGAAUAUGCAUAUUUACGAUGUACAGUUGGUAGACUCAAAAUUCGAGAUUCAGAAGAAACGCCGCAAAUUGAAAGAAGUCUCGGGGAAAGAGCUCGUCUCCAGGGCAGGGGCAUCGGCAAAGCAUCCACAGCAUCACAGUUUGAAGAUACAGAACUCGGAGCGCAGGAUCAAACUACUUGCCAAAAACGAGCGUCAAUUGAGGCAGUUUGAAGAGUCCAUGACAUUCAUGUUGGAAAAUACACCAUGGUCAAAGCCAAACCGAUUCGGCAGUUUCGCACCAGUUCGUACUGGCGUGUACGCUCAAUGGUUAGUGGAUGGUCGGGAUUAUAUGUGGAACGUGUCUCGAGCUAUCAACAUGGCCAAAGACGUGAUCUAUAUUCAUGACUGGUGGUUAAGUCCUCAACUUUAUAUGCGAAGACCAGCUGCUAUCAGUCAAAAGUGGCGUCUAGACAGACUUCUCCAAAAGAAAGCACGAGAAGGUGUCAAGGUUUUCAUUAUCAUCUAUCGAAAUGUUGAAGCUGCGAUCCCUAUCGAUUCACAGUUUACAAAAUUCUCGAUGCUUGACUUGCAUCCCAACGUAUUUGUCCAGCGAUCGCCGAAUCAGUACAAAAAGAACCAAUUUUUUUUUGCUCACCACGAAAAGCUUUGCAUUGUUGAUCAUACAGUAGCAUUUGUUGGUGGUAUUGAUUUAUGUUUUGGCCGUUGGGAUACUCCACAGCAUUCUGUUGUGGAUGACAAGCCUACUGGAUUCGAGCAAUCCGAUCUUCCCAAAGAUGCUGAUCACUGUCAGUCAUGGCCCGGAAAAGAUUACUCCAAUCCUCGAGUGCAAGAUUUCUAUCAAUUGAAUGAGCCGUACGCUGAAAUGUAUGAUCGGUCAAAAGUUCCUAGAAUGCCAUGGCAUGACAUAUCCAUGCAGGUAGUUGGUCAACCAGCCAGAGAUCUUACACGUCAUUUUGUUCAAAGAUGGAAUUAUGUACUUCGAGGUCGAAAACCAACAAGACCCACGCCAUUUCUCCUUCCUCCACCAGACUACAAUGCUGCUGAUCUCGAGGCUCUCGGACUCAGUGGAACCUGCGAAGUACAAAUGCUACGAUCAGCGUCAGACUGGUCUCUUGGUCUUACCGAUACUGAACACAGUAUCAUGACCGCUUAUUGCAAGAUGAUUGAAGAAUCGGAGCAUUUCGUCUAUAUGGAGAACCAGUUCUUCAUCACCAGCUGCGAAACUAUGAAUGUCAAAAUUGUCAACAAGAUCGGUGAUGCCAUUGUCGAGCGUGCAAUCCGUGCUUACCAGAACGGAGAAAGUUGGAAGUGUGUCAUUUUGAUUCCUCUGAUGCCCGGCUUUCAGAAUACCGUCGACGAACCUGAAGGUACGAGUGUGCGGUUGAUCAUGCAGUGUCAAUUUCGAAGCAUAUGCCGUGGGGAAGGCUCUAUCUUCGGACGUCUUCGAUCACAGGGCAUUGAACCAGAGGACUACGUGCAAUUUUACAGUCUCAGAAGCUGGGGUAAAAUUGGACCCAAGAAAGCUCUGGUUACGGAACAGCUUUACAUUCACGCAAAGUGCAUCAUUGUGGACGAUAGGACUGCAUUGAUUGGAUCAGCGAAUAUCAAUGAGAGAUCUAUGCUAGGAAACAGAGACUCUGAGACUGCGGCUGUGGUUCGAGAUACUGAUAUGAUCUCGUCGACCAUGGACGGAAAGCCAUAUAUGGUAGGUCGCUUUGCACAUACUUUGCGCAUGCGUCUUAUGAGAGAGCAUCUUGGACUUGAUGUUGAUGAUAUUAUGGAAGAGGAACGAAGGGCAGAGCUGGACAAGGAAGAAGAUGAGUACGAAGCUAAGAUGAACAACAUUUAUGGUGAUCAUAGCGAAUCCGAAACUGAACGACCCCGUACUGGUGAAAUACGGCCAGUAGAGCAGAUAAAUGCAGAACGUAUACUCGAGCACGAACACAUACACAGCUUCAACCAUGAUGCGGACUGGGAAGCGGAAAAGAACCCUAAUAUUCAGCCCAACAAAUUCAAAUCUCUGACGACCGAUGCCCGGAUUAUUGACAAUAAAGAACAUGCUGCCGAUGUAGAUGGAAAGGGCCCCGAUCAUAUGCUAGCCGCAGAAGCCUCUGGCACUGCGCGUGGACGAGAUUCUAUCCUAGUUGAGGGUGGCCGAGAAGUUUUGGUGUCUGACAUUGCACCAGAAGGUCAUGGCACAGUUACCCAUCCCAUAAAGCAUCGCUCCAAGCGUUCGCCACAUCGUCACAGCUCCAUAACAAGUGGCACGAGUUCCGACAUGCUUCCGCCAAUGCCACAACUUCCCCGAAGGACUACUGAGCAAAUGGGUCUUCCUCAAUUAUCUCAACUUCCCGCUCUACCGCUCACGGAUGACCGCGAUAUUGGUGGACCACCUGUCUUCUUUGACGAGUCAGGCAAUGCCGGGCCGAGGCCAUUCAAUCCACUUACAGCUGAUAUCAUUCCAGCUCAUAUUCACAAAGACUGCAUGCGUGAUCCUUUGGACGAUACAUUCUUUGAAGAUACCUGGAGGUUGAUUGCCGAAAAUAAUACCAAGAUCUUCCGGCGCGUAUUCAGGUGCAAUCCUGAUAGCGAGGUCACAAAUUGGCACGAAUACACUGAAUACGUUGCUUAUGCAGAGCGAUUCUCACAAGCUCAAUAUGGCAAUAAAAGCACAGAUCGAGAAGGUCAAGAGGCAGCAGGGAGAAGUGGUCCUCCUGGGGUUUCCAUCACUUCACCUGGCCCUACUGCCGUUGGAGCUGGGAUUAGCAAUCUGUCAGAAAAGUUGAAGCCUCACCGUGGAAGCGAAACCCAUAAUCCAAUGGGUUCCGUGGCUGAAUGGGCUGAAAAUGCAGAAAAGGCUUCAAGAAAUCGUACGGGCACCAAUGUGUCUCAGGGCACAACUGCGUCGAACAAUACUACGAGGUCUCGUAACCCUGCGCUUGACGGUCAGCUCGAUGGGAUAGAUGAGAAGGAAGCCAUGCAUAGAGGAUCAGAAGAAACCUCAUCAGCAGGCCAACCAGCCGGAGAUGAAGUUUUCCCCUCUUUCGAAGCAACUCUCAACCCACCAACAGACAACGAGAAAGUCCCUGAAACAACCGGUAACGCCCCUCGAAAAGCAACAUUCACCGAAUCAGCACCACCAGCACGUUCAGGUACAAACGGCGUCUCAAACCAAGGUACUAUGAGAAGACGUCGUCGUGCCACGAGCAAAGCCAGUCGAAGAGGAUUCUCUGCCGCCGACGACCUCAUGAGUAUCGCUGACGCGGAAGAGCUUUUGAGUAUGGUGCAAGGUCAUCUAGUGCUGUUUCCUUAUGACUGGCUCAUUAAAGAGGAAUUGAAUUCAAACUGGCUGUACCAGGUGGAUCAGGUUGCACCUUUGCAGAUCUAUGAUUAA